AGCACAGAAAACAUAUCAACACAACAGAGUAACAAUUAAUUAGAUAAUUCCUAAAGAGAAUAACCAAAACUCACAAAACACAUAUGCUCAAAAUGGUGAAAUGACAGCAAAAAAUAUGAAUACAUUAAAUGGAUGACUCAUUUGAUGAAGUCCUGUCAAACCAGCUGUAAUAGUUUUAUACGGACCUCUAAACUCCUGUUUCAGUCCGUGAGAACAUAACAUCCACUGUCAGAAAUAAUAACAAUCAAGUAAAUUGACAGAAAAUGAAUAAAAAACUAUCUUGAUAAUCUAUUUUAUAUUCAUCCUUUACAUUACCUCUAAACAGACUUCAUAUUCCUCAUUAAAUUUGGGUAGAUGUUUAUUUAUGUGUGUAUUUAGGUGUGUUUUUUCUUCUGUUCUUAUAGUUUUGUCGUAUUUAGUUUUGGCGAGUACUGUAAAACAAAACACCGUUGUUAUUAUUUCUAUUGUAAUUUUUGUUAUUUGUGUUAUUCUAUCGAUUCACUGUUUAAAUCUGCAAAAAAUACCAAACAACACUUCUAAUCCCGAGCAUUUCUUUCUGACAUUUUGUAUACAAAACUAUUUAUGGAUUAAUUUAUGAGAAAUAAUCUGCAGAUUAAUCAUUAAUAAGAAAAAUGAAUCACUUUGGACAUUUACAGGCCCCAACAGCUCUGUGAGAACACACACACAGGCUGAUCACCUGUGAUCAACGACAAGUGGACUGAACCACAAUCAAUCAUUUUGAACUGGGGGGGGGGAUUUGCUGUGAUAUAUAUAUAUAGCAAAGAUUUGUCGAUACAAUGACAGCCGAUCACCUAAAAGAAGUCCCUGACAUUACCACGAGAGGAGGAACCACUCAUACUCAGUAUACUUGUGUGUGUGUGUGUGUGUGUGUGUGUGUGUGUGUGUGUGUCUCCGGCUUUAGGUUCCCAGGUGAUAAAUCUGAAAGGUUCAUUUAUGACAACACCAACGAGAGGUUUAAAUGGAGACCCGGAGGAGACUUUCUUCCCAGGACGGCAGGACCAGGUGACAUACCUGCCUUCACAGGUAGGACGCACCUCUGUACGAGGAGAUGCUUGGAAUAUAAAAACAUCGUGCUUCGUGGAUCUCAUUGAUAUUUUACAGGGAACUUUCAUCCGUUGCCGGGCAGAACAAACCGGGACAUGACGGUUUCUUACACCCUUGAAGUGGCCGACGCCCGGUUCUGUGGCUUCUACAAGCUCCUGUUCCGGUGGAAGGGAAGCAUCUACAAGCUGCUCUACAAAGACUUCCUGCUCUUCUGUGGAGUGUACCUGUUCUUCAGUUUGUUCUACAGGUUCCUCCUCACGCCGAGGCAGCAGGAUCUGUUCGAGCGCGUCGCCCUGUACUGCGACCACUACACCAACACCAGCUUCAUCCCGGUUCUGUUCGUACUGGGGUUCUACGUGACCUUGGCCUUCAACCGCUGGUGGGGUCAGUACACCAGCUUCCCUCUGCCCGACAACCUGAUGAUGGUGGUGUCCGGGAACGUCCACGGGGCGGACGAGAGGGGACGCCUGCUGCGGCGGACACUCAUGAGAUACGCCAACUUGUCUUCAGUCCUGAUCCUCCGCUCCAUCAGCACCAGGGUUCACAAGCGUUUCCCCACCCUGGAGCACAUCGUGGAGGCGGGAUUCAUGACCACGCACGAGCUGCAGAACUUUGAGUCGCUGCACUCUGAUUUCAACAAGUACUGGAUGCCUCUGACUUGGUUCUCCAACCUGGCGUCCCGAGCGAGGGAGGAGGGUCGAGUGAAGAACGACAUCGCUCUGAGGCUGCUGAUGGAUGAGUUGAAUAAGUACAGAGGCAAAUGCAGCCUCCUGUUCCACUACGACUGGAUUAGCAUCCCGCUGGUCUACACGCAGGUCGUUACUUUAGCGGUUUACUCGUUUUUUGCCUUCUGUGUGGUCGGCCGACAAUUCCUGAACCCCGAGAAAGGAUACAAGGAUCACAAGCUGGACAUGUACGUCCCCGUCUUCACCCUGCUGCAGUUCUUCUUCUACGCCGGCUGGCUCAAAGUGGGGGAGCUCAUCAUCAAUCCGUUCGGCGAGGACGACGACGACUUUGAAACCAACCAGCUGAUCGACAGAAACUUUCAGGUGUCAAUGCUGGCUGUGGAUGAUAUGUACCAGAACCUGGCUCCCAUCGAGAAGGACAAGCACUGGGCGCAGAGACACUUCUCCAUCCCGUACACUCUGUCGACAGCAGCAGAGACUCUCAACCCGGUCUUCAAAGGCUCCGCCUUUGACAUGAGGAUGAGUGCCGAGGAUCUCGAGAUUCACCAGCCUGAGGACGCUUCUUCUGGAAAGAAACGUUAUUUACCUCUGAAGGGCUCUCUGGGCGAAGAGCUCGACGGUCUUCUGCAGAGGGGCAGAGGGAUCCUGCGAGGAGGGAGCCUCCCUUCUCUGGUGGACGCGUCAUCACACCCACGUGAGGAGGGCGCCGACGCUUCACCCAAGGGCGCCAUCGACACCAUCGACCACAUCGACCACGAAGAACAAGAACAUGCAUGGAUCAAAGUUGCGGUGCAACACAACUAGUACAACUUAGUGUGAUACUUGAACAAACUGUGUUUUUGAACCAAUAAUAUUCUUUUUUUGUGAGAUUUUUUAAAUUUGUCACAAUUAAAUUCAUUAGUGAAAAAAAUACACAAUUGGUCUUAAUGUCAUGUUUAAUUGAAGUGAUGAUUCAGUGCUUUCAGUUUUAAUACUUGAUGUAUAAUCCAUCACAUCAAUAACCCUAACACAGCUUUUACUUGAUAUACUUUAUACACUUUUAUAUACACUGUAUAUCCUUCACAUUUUGUUUGUAUUGUACAUAUUGUGCAUUUGUGUAUACUUAACUGAACUAAUGUCCCCCUAGGGAUGAAUAAAGUAUCUAACAUAC